AUGAUUCUGCGAGGCUAUGCGACUUUAGAAAAUGUUGCCACUUCCAAUCCAGGAGUCGUUGUUCAUAAUUUUCAUGAACCUAGUACUGGUUCAUGGCAAUACAUAGUUGCAGACGAUUCGACUAAGAACGCUGUCAUAAUUGAUCCUGUCUUGGAUUACGACCCAGCUACGGCAACAAUUACCACCAAGACAGCGGACUUCUUAUUAGCCGUGGUAAAGGACAGAGGUUACAACAUUCAGAUGCUACUUGAGACGCACGCCCAUGCGGAUCAUAUCACUGCAGCUAAUUACAUGAAAGUGAAACUUGGUCAAAUGCAGUCUAUGCCGCCUGCUGUCGGUAUAGGAAAGCGUAUUAUGGGGGUUCAGGAAUACUGGGCACGCCACUUUGGCGUCGCUGAAGAAGAAUACCAAGGAGUCUUUGACAAGUUACUAGAAGACGAUGAAACUUUCCACAUAGGCUCCGUGAAGGCGACCGCUGUUCAUUUACCUGGUCACACUCCGGAUCAUAUGGGAUAUUUGAUUGGUGAUAACAUCUUCGUGGGAGAUUCUAUGUUCAAUGCCGAUCUCGGGUCUGCACGAGCCGACUUUCCUGGCGGAGAUGCUAGAACAUUGUUUCGAUCGGGCAGAAGCUUGCUCAAUCUGCCAGAUGAUGUGAAAAUCUGGUCUGGGCAUGACUACCCUCCCGAGGAUAAGCAGGAGAGGGCGCCUUAUAUGACUGUCCGGGAGCAGCGUGAGACCAAUAAGCAUCUGAAGAUGGAUAUCGACGAGGAUCAGUUCGUUGCUCUACGCAAGAAACGUGAUGCGACGCUUGACGAACCUCGACUACUCCAUCAAGCACUUCAGAUGAACAUUCGCGGAGGGAGGCUCCCGCUACCUUCACCAGCGGGAGUUCGCAUGCUGCAAAUUCCUCUCAAACUUGAUCAUUGUCAAUGGUAG